UCAGAUCCGUGGGAAGGUCUCGUCGUAGUGCCGAGAGCGAUACACGGCACCGAGCCGAUUCUCUUCUCUGAUGCUUUUUCACAUGAUCUCAGUGUUUCUCCUGUGCUAAAAGCAUAGAGGAGGUUUUAUGGGACGGGGGUCGACCCUGGUGAAUAAAGCACGGAGUGCAGAGUCAUUCCGCGAGAGCUGAAAUAGAGGAAAGGAGGAAAAAGCUCUCCGUUUGGAGGGAGAUGGGACGCGCCUCGGCGCGGCUGCGCUCCAUCCGCUCCGCGCAGACAGAGAGCGCGCUCCGACGCACCGGACACAAUGGCACGGAUGCUCGCGCUGAUUUAGGCCGGGAGACACAAACCUCUCUCUCUCUCUGAGUGUGUGUGUGUGUGUGUGUGUGUGUGUGUUGAGGAUUUAUACAGCUCGAGACAACGCGUGUUUCACAAAGCAGGAGAAAUUCAUGCUCCGAGAUGACGGAGGGUCGGCGAUGUCAGGUCCAUCUCCUGGAUGACAGGAAAUUGGAGCUCCUUGUGCAGCCCAAGCUGAUGGCUAAGGACCUGCUGGAUCUGGUAGCUUCGCACUUCAACCUGAAAGAGAAAGAGUAUUUUGGAAUCUCCUACACUGACGACACGGGUCACUUCAGCUGGCUGCAGUUAGACAGGCGUGUGCUGGAGCACGAGUUCCCCAAAAAAUCCGGCCCCAUCGUCCUCUACUUCUGUGUGAGGUUUUAUAUAGAGAGCAUCUCUUACCUGAAGGACAACGCCACCAUCGAACUGUUUUUCCUCAAUGCCAAGUCCUGCAUUUAUAAGGAGCUCAUCGAUGUGGACAGUGAAGUCGUGUUUGAGCUGGCCUCCUACAUAUUGCAGGAGGCCAAAGGAGACUUCACAAGUAAUGAUGCCACACGGGCAGACCUUAAGAAACUGCCCGCUCUGCCCACACAGGCUCUUAAAGAGCACCCGUCCCUCGCUUACUGCGAGGACCGAGUGAUUGAGCAUUAUAAGAAGCUGAGCGGCCAGUCCAGGGGCCAAGCUAUCGUCAAUUAUAUGAGCAUAGUGGAGUCACUGCCUACAUAUGGAGUGCAUUACUAUGCGGUUAAGGAUAAGCAGGGUAUCCCGUGGUGGUUGGGUCUGAGUUAUAAAGGCAUCUUUCAGUAUGACUACCAAGACAAAGUGAAACCCAGAAAAGUGUUUCAAUGGAGGCAGCUGGAGAAUCUGUACUUCAGAGAGAAGAAGUUCUCAGUGGAAGUCCAUGAUCCUAGAAGCAGGGCAUCGGUAACACGAAGGACGUUUGGACACAGCGGCAUCGCCGUACACACCUGGUACGCCUGCCCCGCCCUCAUCAAAUCCAUCUGGGCCAUGGCCAUCAGCCAGCACCAGUUCUACCUGGAUCGUAAACAGAGCAAGUCAAAGAUCCAUGCAGCACGCAGUCUAAACGAAAUAGCCAUUGAUCUCACAGAGACAGGCACACUGAAGACCUCUAAACUCGCCAACAUGGGCAGCAAGGGCAAGAUCAUCAGCGGCAGCAGCGGGAGCCUUCUGUCCUCAGGCUCUCAGGAGUCAGACAGCUCUCAGACAGCUAAGAAGGACAUGCUGGCAGCUCUACGUGCCCGGCAGGAGGCUCUGGAAGAAACACUCAGGCAGAGGAUAGAGGAGCUCAAGAGCAUCUGCAUUAGAGAAGCGGAGCUGACCGGGAAGCUUCCUAAAGAAUAUCCUCUAGACCCAGGAGAGGAGCCGCCUACUGUACGGCGCAAAAUCGGCACGGCCUUCAAACUGGAUGAACAGAAGAUCCUGCCGAAAGGAGAGGAGGAAGAGUUGGAGCGCUUGGAACGGGAGUUUGCUAUCCAGUCUCAGAUCACGGAGGCAGCGCGGCGUUUAGCCUGUGAUCCUCAUGUGAGCAGUAAAAAGCUGAAGAAGCAGAGAAAGACAUCGUACCUGAACGCACUAAAGAAGCUACAGGAUAUCGAGAACGGCAUCAACGAGUACCGCAUCCGCUCGGGCAAGAAACCCACGCAACGAGCCUCACUCAUCAUUGAGGAGGCGAAUAUCGGCUCAGAGGACAGCUCUCUGUCUGAUGCUCUGGUGCUAGAUGAUGAUGACCCCCAGGUUGCAGGGACGCCCACAUUUUCUCCGGUUUCCUCCCCGCACAAAGGCCUUCCUCCCCGGCCUCCGUUGCACAGCAGGCCUCCUCCUCCUCAGUCUCUGGAGGGUCUCAGGCACCUGCACUAUCAGCGCAGUGACUAUGACAAAUCUCCCAUCAAACCUCGCAUGUGGAGCGAGAGCUCACUUGACGAGCCCUAUGAGAGGGUGAAGAAACGCUCCUCCCAUUCCAGCAGUCACAGGCGGUUCCCCAGCACAGGCAGCUGUGAGACUGGAGGGAGUAACUCUUUACAGAACAGUCCAGUGCGCACACUGCCUCAUUGGAACAGCCAGUCCAGCAUGCCCUCUACUCCUGACCUGAGGACCAGGAGCUACGUCCAUUCUGCCAGCCUGUCUCAGCCUUUCCGUGGGCGGAGCUCCAGCCUGGAGUCUCAGGGGAAGCUGCUGAACCUAGAGACAGGACCCGAGGCAGAGCUUAGUCCAGACCUCUUCCUGUCAGGGCCACAGCGGGCAGGAAGCAGCGGCUCGGUAGUGCCAGAUGACUGCUCAUCGUGCACCAGCCACUCGAGUUCCGAGCACUGCUGCCCACCGGCAGGUGCCAACCCCAACUACCGCACCCUAGCUGAGGACUCACCUUCUAGAGCACGCCAACGUCAGCGUCAGCGCCACAAAUCAGCCGGCCACCUGGGUACCUCCAGCUCAGGCAGCAUGCCCAAUCUGGCUGCACGUAAUGGUGGGACACCGGGAACAGCCCACCAGGGUGUCUAUCUAAACAGCCAGAGCCAGCCAUCAUCACAGUAUCGCAUUAAGGAGUAUCCACUUUACCCCACAGGCAGCAGCCCGGGAGCUGUGGUGGUCCGCAGCCUGGAGAGUGACCAGGAAGGCCACUACAGCGUCAAAGCACAGUUUAAGACGUCCAACUCGUACACGGCUGGUGGACUUUACAAGGAGGGCUGGGGGUCAGCAGGGGAGGACGGUGAGGGAAGCAGUGCCAGUGGCAGUGCCAGGCUCACACCUUCCAGGUCUCAGAUAGUGAGGACUCCAUCUGUAGGUAGGGAGGGAGGAGGGAACAGAGCAGCUGUGUCUGAGGAGCUACGGUGCUGGUACCAUCGUUCAUCCGGAUCGCUCAAAGAGCACGCACGUCUCACACACACCAGUUCGAACACAGGGAGAGUUGGCACACUCGUUAAGGGCUCACCGGCUGCCUCUCCACACAGCCAGAGAAGUGGAACUCCAUGUAGUGAGUCAGCAGCAACGCCACCCUACAGCCCCCAGCACAUCCUCAACUGGCAGAGCGGAUCAUUCAGCGACAGCUGUUUCCUGAGCAGUCCCCUGUGCUCCGAGCUCGCCGACGUGCAGUGGUAUGGACACGAGAAAGCCAAACCGGGAACUCUCGUCUAAAUCCAUCCCUCCAUCUCUCUCCUGCUUCAUCCCCUUCCUCCUGGAACAGUGUUCCCUGAGCGGAUCUGUCCACAGGCUGGAUAUCAACACGUAUUAUAAACAUACCUAUGGCUGAAGCCAACACCCCUUCACCUUCUCUCUCUGUGUCCCUGUGCAUAUCCAGCAGUACAGUGGCUCUGGACUUGGGGAUCACCGAGGUCUUACAGAACUGAACUAAACCAAACCUAAGUUGACCCUGUUGAUUCUCACACUGCAUAUUGUAUGAACUCUGAACUGUGACCCAGUUAGCUGCCAGCCAGUUGCUCCGUAUGCACAAAACCCUUCAUCCAGUCCCAUCGCUGGAGUGAUACACCAGGGGUGUGGCCUCUCUUCUCUUUUGGGUGUGUAUGUGUGUGAGUGUGUGCUCAGUCUAGUGAAUUGCCGCAUGUAUGCAUACUCAGACACACACACGUCUGUGUGUAAUUCUGUGUAGAAGAUAAGGAGCACACACACUCCUGCAGAAAGUUACUGUUGGUCAUUUUGUUUGUAACCUUUAUGUGCACUGUUCUGUUGGAGUGAACGCGAUGAAUCACACACCCCAGUCUACCGAGUCAACCAUAAAACCUGUUUCCCGCUUUAUAACGUUCUGUAAAAAUAUGUGCGCAAAUGAACGAGACCACAAGACCGCAAGAUGGCAGAAACACCCUCGUGGAUGUGAGUCAUCCAAGAAAAGCAGCAUCAUUGGCGUUUCUAAUUAAAAAAUGGUCACGUUAGGAAUUUUUGAAUUAUCCAGCAUGUUCCAAAAGUGGGUGAUUUUGGGAACACAGUAAAAGUCUAACCGCAAAGCGCUGCAAUGACAACUGAAAUCUGAAAAUCUUUACGCCACUCUAAAAUAUAUGGAUACAAUAAAUAACACAUAUACAGAUGACAAAAAACGGACGACAAUUCAGACAUCGGUACGUCCUUAUUCUGGUUAUAGCUAGUCGAUGAGGUUUUAAGUCAGAAUACUUUUCUGGAUCUAUUAAAGUUCUUCUUACAAUUCAAUAUCUAUACCUAGAUGAUAAAAUAAACUAUGUGGACCUCCAGCCUCAAACAAUCAGUAAUAAACUCAAAACUCCUCCUCAUUAGUAUUCAGGUAGUGAAUGUGUAUUAAUUCCUGAAUGUGUAUAAAUUCCGUUUGUUAGGUUAAGGCUUAGUCACAUAAAUUCAUUAAGCAGUGUUACAAAGCUUUUUAAAGUUUUAAAGCCAGAAUAUCCAGAACAGGCCACAACGACAUUGACUUCAAAUCUAAAGAAGCACUAAACAACUUCAGAUAAAAAUAGCGUCAUUGUGUUACACCAGUAGCAUCUGUGUAUACCAAUAUAGCAACAAAUAUGGGAUUAGUUUUACGUUAAUGAGUAUAGACGAUAUCAGUGCUUUAAAAUGAUUUUCUCUUACUUCUGGCUGGUUUUAUUUAUCGAUUCGGGCCUAACAGGAAAUGGGACCCGUGUUUGUCCGGACGUUCCAACAAUUCAGCAGUUUAAUGAAGCAGAAACAGUUUGUGAUCGUUGUCAUUGCAGGGCUGUGUGUAGACUUGUAGGGACUCGUCAGGUCACAUCAGAUAUUUUUUCAAAAGGUGAUGAUUUUGAAGCUUGUGGUCUCCAUCGUUGUCUUUUUUUAUUUUUUCAUUUAUUUCUAUUUCAUUUAAACGUCUCUAUGAGUUAUACAAUAGCUGUAAAGUUUUGCAAAUGCCAUGUGGUGCCAUAUUUGAUCUGAUGUUUUAUGGGAAACUCGUCCCUGAAUGCUAGCCGGAUGAGCUGUGUGUUAGUGCAACCUUUUGAGGAACGCUGAAGUACUGUAUGUGCCACUCACACUCUCGGGCAGCUCCACCAGCCUGCUAGCCACGAUGGUGCUCUGAGCCUCUACUGUACUGUACACCUAUGAAUAACAAAUCCCAUAAGCCCCCUGCUCUGAGCCUGCAAGUAAUCCUCGUACCCUGGCAUCUUCAACGUAGAGACCCUAUUUUUUUUAAAAAUGUUUUUCUGUACCACAUACAGCUAGCACUCAACUGUUUGUACUCGGUUAGGGACUGGAUGAAACUAUAAGAGCACAAUGUAACGGGGCACAUGUCAUACAGAUCAGCCGCUGACCAACAAACUUCUCUCUAAUUGAUCUUUACCUCUGUGCCAUUUCAAGAGACAGCCUAAGCAUUCCAGUAUACGAGCAGAAUACACACAUCUCGACCUCGGUUCUGAAAGCAGAAAAACCUCCACACUCCACAUCUUAGGCUCUCAGGUGGAGAGGGAAAAACACAGGGUGUUUGUAUUGUUUUAUGCAGCGGGAUUUUAACACGAAACGAUGGUGCUCUUCUUCUCAAGCUGUCUCAUGUGACGGGGAAACACGGCAAGCCAUACACUAACAACCACGUCUACUCCACAUUGCACGGUUCAACAUCACACACCCGGAAAUGGACACACAGAAGCAAAGGACAUACGGAACUAUUUAAAAGCACAUUUUUUAUUUAGGUAUACAUAUUUCCAUUACUACAGAUUAUGUGCAUUAUGUGCCAUCAGAACCUUUAUAAUAGAGUCCAAACAGAACAUCCUGCAAUGUGAAAUCAAUUGCUGUUUGUGUGUUUCUUUUGGGGAUUCGAAUUUAACCUCUUACCCAAAAGCAGUGUGAUGCUGCCUGUCUUACAGACCUGGAUGGUGGCUCAUAAGUGCAAAACAUGUUAACAAAUAAAAAAAAAAAAGCAACAGCAAAUCAGAAAACAAUAACAGAAGUUUUUUUAAAAAAAAGUAACAACAUAUUAGAAGAUGCAACAAAACUAAUAUUGCAACAACAAAUCAGGAAGUAAUAAAUUUUUUAAAAAAAAUACGGUCGCCUCGUGGUUAAGGUGUUGGGCUACCAAUCAGAAGGUUGUGAGUUCGAGUCCCGCUGCCACUGCUGGGUCCCUGAGCAAAGCCCUUAAUGCUCAGUUGUAUAAAAAUGAGAUAAAAUGUACGUGGCUCUGGAUAAGAGUGUCUGCUAAAUGCUGGAAAUGUAAAACAAAUCAGAAAAUGCAGCAUAAUCAAGAGACAGAAAACAGAACUAAGAGCAAGAAUAAAAUCAUAUCAGUGUUAAACACAAAGGGGAGGUUGGUAUUGAGUAUCACAUGCUCUUUUAUGAUUGGACACGGCCUGCGACCCUCACAGGGAAACCAGAUUGCAGUCUGUUCUUUAGUUGCUCUAGCAAAAAUCUGGCAUCCUUCUGUAGGGUUUUCUGCACUCGGCUAAUUUUAUUCAUGUUGUGCAAAACUGAAGUUUCUAAAAUAUUUAUAUGAAUAUUAUAUUGCUAAAAAAAAGCAAUAAGUAAUAAAAGUAGGAGUAGAUUAAUUGUCUAUUUCCUCUGAUUGUAAACAUGUAAACAUCUCUAACUGUCUGCUUUCCACCUUUACCAGAAUUGAUGUAUGCAGUAGCCAAUCAGCAGCAAGUUUGUCUGUCCUUUGCUAAAGACCUCACUUCCUGUUUUGAGACCAAGGUGUUUUCUGAUUUGCUGUUGCAUUGUUUGUUUCGUUUAUUUUGUUGUGUUUUCUGAUUCAUUUUGUUAACGUGUCUCACUGUAGGCCUGAGUUCAAACUCAAACGACGCUUCGGAGGCAAAUUCAGUUCUUUGGUCUUAAAGUGAACCUACAUCCGUAACUCUUUCAGAUGAAGAUGUCGUCUCAUUCCCACAGUGCUGUGAUUCAGGUGUCGUGUUUAUCUCUUCAGUGAGAAAUGAGAAAACCGUAUCUUUUCUCCUCAUGCCCUCCUUCCUACCUGUAUUUAAUAACAAGCCUAAACCUUUUAUAAUAAAAGACAAAACUAACACAUUUAUCAACAUAUAUGGAAAAGCCUAUGGAAACCUGUCUGGGUUAUUUUACAAGAAGAACAAGAAGAAGAAGAAAAAAAAAACGAAAUGUUCAAAUGUUUUCAUUUUUUUUUUUUAUUCAAACAGUAUUUGUUUUAUUUCUAUUUUACUUUUUCACUAUGUCAGGACAAAGUAACCCUUUCAGGUGCUACAGGAUGACCAGUUACUGCGUUGUUUCCUAGCUGUAGACUUUUCCUAACCGUUGUCAAUAGUUUUAAUACAAGUCGUGCAAAAUGAAGGAUGUUAGUCACUAAACCGUGUCGCUCACACCCUCAUUCCUGACAAUAGAGCAUGUUUUCAUCACUUUAUGGAGUUCAAAAAUCAAAAAUAACCGCACACGUUAUAACAAUGUUGUAGAAAAACAGAUGUGGAGUUGUUGGGAAGAAUAACAAUGAAUUCCACAGUUAAUUUAUUCUUUUUCUAUUAAGAAUUUGUAUAGUAACUUUACAUUUUUCAAAAACUGUGUUGUUGGCAACCGAAUCUGAAUUUUCCAGAUGAGAAAUGUGGUGGUUCUUGAAAUUAUGAAAAUAAAUUAUUGCUGAAUGUUCUCUAAA